CAACAAGCCGGCAUUGAGUGGGACGGUCCGACGUUCAGUGCAAGCUUUAACUGACAGCACCCAUAUUCCUCUUUUCCUGUCAAUUGUCGUUCUGUCUUUUCGGUCGUCGCGGCGGUCGCGCGAAACAGAACUCCGAGCCGAUCUGACAACCCAUGUUCAGCGCCAUUCCCACCCAACAAAACACAUAUCAACAGGUGGAGGUUAUUCCCCUUUGUAGGAACAUCUCCCCAUCUUUCUUCCUUACACUCACCAUCCUGACAAGGCGUUCGCUCGUCCUUGCAAGUGUCACCCCGUGAAUCAUGUAUCACACCCAGCAGACCACCUCCGAGACCCGGAAUACACUGCAUUCGGAUCCUUCCAAUUCACAGCCAUAUCAGUUGAAGGAUGCAUUAAACCCGGAAUCACUUCCCUCAAUCACCAGCAUGUCUCUUCCCGGCAUCCCCCCUUCCAGGCAUUCACCAGACUCCAGAGCUACUAUGAACCCAACUUUCAUUUCCCCUGCGCCAGGAUCUUAUGGUCAUUCCCACACAUAUGCAUCUGAGCUGGAUUCAUCUAGCCGUUCUCAAUAUGGAACGAACUCUGGCAUGCUUAACUAUGCAACCCGAGAUCCCCGACUAGCUUCCGAGCCCGACUCUUAUUAUCGUUCUAACAUGAUGUCGCGCCCACCGGUCGCUGCGGUAGACUUUGUGUCCCAGCUCAACUCCGCUUUGAUGCAUGACCCUCCCGGUCCGUCAAACGCAGAAUCUCGAUCCUCGCGAUCACCUGAGCAGCUAGAUGAAGAUAUGGAUGAUACUGCAGAGGCUCGCAGAACUCGCCGUGAAAAGCCGCGAAUUGAGCUUGCUCCAGAUCAACCACUUACCACACAGGGAAAGCCCCGUGCUCGAGUUUAUGUUGCUUGCCUUCAGUGUCGGACACGCAAAAUCCGUUGUGAUGGGGCGAAACCCCAGUGCCAUAAUUGCAGUCGUCGUUCCAAGAGUGGAGAUGACUGUUCAUACGACGCAGUACCAAAACGUCGGGGUCCUGACAAGACACCUGGCGCCCGACAACGAAUGGCUCGGGAUGCUCAUGUUGGAAGCGAGGGCGACGUUGCUGCGUCCCAUCGGCGGCGCAGAAAAAGGCGCGAGGUGUCCGCGACCAAUACCCUUUCGGACCAAACGGCUAAUACCGACUUAGAGAAUGAUCAACUCCAACCCGAAUCCCUCAUAUCCUUUCCUAACAUUCCCCCACCAGUCAUCGACCCACAGUUAACCGCUAUGUCUCCUUUUCCAACCGAGGCUUCAGCAGGGUCGAAUUCGUUUCAGCCUUUACCCCUGAAUAUCCUCACUGAUGCGGUCACAUUGGUCACUCCCUCAGAUAAUGAGGCUCUAUAUCGUACCAUGACGAGCAAUGAGGACACAAACAAUGAUUUCGGUUUUUCGACUCAGUUGGAUUUUCAGUUAUUUGAGUCAUAUGGUCACAGCCCACCUCGAGCAUUCAUCACUUCACUGGACAAUGAGACCAGUGAGACUUCAGACAAAUCAUCAAAUAUCACACCCGAACCCUCUCUUGAUUUCACCCGUAAAACAUGGUGGGAUUCACUUCUUGCUAUGUAUACUUCCUCAUCAUCAUACCUUCCUUCCCUUACUGCGACACAACGCCACCGCGCGACGGACUUAGUUACUGCAGACAUUCAAUUUCUACUCCGUGGAUCUAGCUAUUGGUUUACUUUUAUUAACGUCCCUCAGUUCCUUGGGAGAUACUUUGAUCCCGUAAAGAGGGAACGGAUGCAACCCGCGCUACUUCCGGCUGCUCUCGCUAUUGCUGCAUUUUUCCAGAGUUCAGAAGCGGGCAACGGGAGGGAAGGAAGAGACAGAGCCAUUAGGUUACGAGAUGUUGCGCAAGGUCAUCUUGAGGCAAGUCUUAACGCUCGGUGGAUAGAUGAUUCACUCGCUCAAGCUGCCUGGCUUCUGGCGUUUUUCGAGAUCUGUCCUCAUUCCCAACACACCAAGGAGCGGGCCUCGUCGUCGAUACUCAUGCUUGACAUGAUCAUACGCAGCCUGGGACUGACCUUUCUUGAUGUUGACAAUCCACAUUCUGCCAAGUUCUCACCUCGAUCUGUGCCUACGAUUGCACCCCAAACGUGGAGUACUCCUCGGCAGGUCGUAUAUCCUGCCGACCACUUACCUGCCACUCCUAAUGACACUCAGCCACAAUAUCCUUUGCAAGGUUGCUCCUGCUCUUCUAUGACGCUUGGGCAACAUUGGCCAGCCGCCCAUGAGUUCACGCCACUUUGGGUCAGCACCCCUGCGUGGAAUGACAAUUGGUCAGAAGCUGAGGUCCGAAAAGAGGGGUGCCGUCGGUUAUGCUGGAGCGCGCUCAGCUUGAUCGCCGGCCAUACAUCAUAUGUCACUGCUGAACAACGUAUCCCUACAGAACUUUUCCUCAGGGAGCCCGCGAAUUUUGCGCUGCUCUUCCCUGGAGAGGCGCUAGGAUUGUCGAACAUGACGUCCAAUCACUCGGGUAAAGACACCGUGUGGGCCUUAAUUCAACGAACGAUGCUUCUCUGGCACAGUUGCCUGCAAGUCAGACACACACCGAGUGCAAACGAGGCUGAGAUGGCUCGUUUUGGGGUGAACGCCUGGCUAGAGGCAGACGCGCUGGAGAAAGCGUUUGACGCGCAUACCUGUGGCUUGGAGAGGACUUUCUUGUUUCAAGGUCGGGAGUUUUUAUUCAAUGUUCGCAUGACGGUAUCUCAUGAAUUCAAACGGUUCAUCCCUCUCGCUACUGCCGAUGCUAAUGGGCUGUUCCACCGGACCAAAGCCGAGGAAUGGCUAUCCCACCAGGCGAAUGUUGCUCAGCGCGUGGUGCUUGGAAUGGGUGCGGUGACCGGUUAUGCUGCUCACUCCCUCAUGCACAGGCCAUUCUUCAUUUUCUGGUUCAUGAGUCAGAUCAGCCGGGCACUUACUCUGUGGGAUUGUGACAAUACACUAACCCUUGCUCUUGACGUUUGCACGGCAUUUUUCAAGCCUGUAGAUUACCUAAACGCCCUCUGGCCGUGCGAAGAUUUACGACGCAGGGUCGUUCAGCUUCGCGAACAGCUUACGCGUGCAUGCAAGAGAACAGGUCGACCGCCUCCCUCCCCGCCUCCUGCCGAGUUCGGCAUGGUACAGUACUAAUUACAAAUGAUUUUUUUAUCUCCUAAUAUCAGUCUUGCGUGUUGCUACAUGUCUACCACGCUAUGCUAUCGAAAUCAUUAUAUGUUUUGUUGUUGAA